CACGACAUUACGUCCUUGGACGCGCUUACGGACGUGAGGCAGUGAAAACUCGGAUGCCAGUGGAAAAAAAAUCAACGGUGAACGGCUACUGUGAUUAGUUAGCGCGUUCAGUUUCGGUGCAGCAACAUUGUGUACUAAAACGUGUACUAAGUACAAGUGAAGUGUGACACGCGAACGCCUCAGUAGGCGAAGUGCAGUGUAGUUGGCAACCAGACAGGGAAUUGGAAAAAUGUGUCCCGAACAGCAGGGACGAUAGCGCCCCCGAGGCGGUUGGCUCACGUGCGCAGUACCGGUUGGCUGUACGAACCCUUCUGUCGCGUGCCGGUGGUGCAAACGGAAGCCACGGAUCUCCGGGUGCACGCCGGCUGGCCAACGGCGUCCAUCGAACCACGGGGAGCCAUCGGUCGGUACGGCUACGGCUGUGGCGCUCACGACGACGCGGACCAGGAAGAGGACGAAGCCGACGGCGGCGGGACGACCGCUAGCAACGAUCACGACCUCGACGACGACGACGACGUCUGCGAAGGGCUCGGCGGCGCCGGCGGCGAGAACUGCGGUGAACUUUCGGAGCUUCGCCCGACCGGCAUCAUUCGAGGUCCGCGGCGUGUCACGACGCCUCAACCCGCCUCGGCCACAUACCACCACCAUCACCUGCAUCACUACCACACGCACCAAAGUCCGGCCCAUUACCGAGUGACGUUCGACGAGCCGCCUCAGCUGGAGAUGGAAUCCGUCGGCCAUCAUGUGGCCGUUCCGUUGCGCGGCGGCGGGAAGAAGAUGCGCAAACGGCGCGAACUGGACGCUCUGGUCGCGCACUCGUUGGCCAAGGGAUCGAAGGGAGGUGGUCGGCACAUCGCCAGCAAUGGCGUCGCUUCCCACGAUCAGCUGCUAUCGAACUCAACCGACGAGCAGGAGGACUACUCGUGGCAGCCCAAAGUCCGCACACAGUCCCGGUGCCGGGCGAAACGGUUCUCCUGUUUACGCACUUGCGGUCCACUCCUGUUCGUGUCCUGCAUCUUCAUCUCGCUCGGCUUCAUGUACUGGCUGUACUUCGAUAUCCGGCAGCAGAUAUCGCAGUAUCGCAUUCGCAUCGAGCAAGUGUCUGCAACUAGUCAAAAUGUACCGGAAGCGUUACAGAAGUGGCACGAAACGUCGAAAAACCUCGAACAAAACCAGACCGCCCUCAACGGGAAGCUGCGCGAGAUGCAACAAGUGCUCAGCAAUUUCUUCAACGAGCUGAAGGAAUUACGCGAAUCGAUGGACAAGAAGAACGAAAACUCGCAGAAAGCACAACUGAACGCGUUGCAGUCGAGCGUCGCCGAUCUGGGCUCCAAUAUUGGUGAAUCCAAGUCGCGAAUCACCGAACUUGAGACACGGUUCGUGUCGAUCCAAACCGAGCAGAAACAGUUGAACAAAACACUCGACGAGCUACAGACUCUCUUCGGCCGCAUUCAAAACACGACCGCCGUAUCCGAAAUAAUGGGUGCUGGUGGAACGCAGGAUGUUGAGAAGAAGAUCGUCGAUCUCCGUGACCAGCUAACCGAUCAGCUUAACAAGCUGGCCGCGAACGUGAGCAGCGAACUACAGGCGUUACACCAGAAGAACGUCUGGCUCGACAAUGACCUCACGAACCACACGCAGCGCAUCGAUCGGCUGUUCGACAACACGGCCAACAUCUCGUCGGUAGUGUCUUCGAUCGAAGCGGUCUGGUGGGAGAUACGCAACAAUAUGAGCUCACUCGAAGCGGACCGGAAAGCACUAAACGAUCAGCUGGCCGCCUUGGCCAACGUGACGACUGGCCUGCACGGUACGAUCGCGAAGGUGCAGGAAGAGUGCCAGCAGUACCACAGCAAGCUGGACGGUGUCAACGGCAAGCUAGGUGCACUCCAGGACCAGAUACAGCAGGUGGAAACGAAAGAAGCCAUACAUCGGUCGCGGGAAGCGAACAACACGCAGAAGCAGAUCGCUCAGGAAAACUUGCCGCCAGAUUUGUCGAACUUUUUCGCUGAGCAGAUUGCCAGUGAGAACAAACCCGUCACACCCAAACCGAGCGUUCCAUCGGCCACUGCGGCCUCUGCUUCACAAGCAUUUCUAUACGCUGGUACGCUAGUUACUCAAAUGUCGACCACUCCACAACCGGCCGGAACCACGGCCGCAGCAGCGUCCAUCAAGGCAACUGCAACAUCGACCACGGGAACCAAAAAGGCAGUUGCUCCGUUCGAUUCCGUCAUGUAAAAUUGUGUACCGAACAGGUACACGGGCCAUUUCGAAAACACUGCAAAGAUUGAUGAUUAUCUAAUGCAACGAGCUGACGCGACCGUGCAGUUCGCUCACGGUCACGGCAGCAUGGUAAACCAAAGUUUUAAAUAAUUCAAUUGACGUAAGUAACGCGGGAACGCACGCGCACGCGAGAAAGUAAGCAUUGUGGAACAGAACAAAUGGAUUAUAUUGUAGGAAAAUGAGGAAAAACAGGAAAAAUGUGAGUAAAAAAGCAAAGGAAAAAUAAGCAUAGGUAAAGAAAACCGAUCGAGCGAGUGGCCAACCAUCAUAUUGAGACGAUUGGGUUACAGGAAAGACAAACAGUAGGCCCUCGAGUGAUGUUCAAAAAUCAAACUUUGUUGGUGCAUCGAUGCAAAGUGAGUUAGAUAUUCAAGUAACAGCCAGAGAAACAAGGAGAAGUAGGCGUAACAGGGCAGGCAGAAGGUACCACGUUUUCACUCACGUAAUUCAGAUUAGUUUUAGCGGUAAAAUCGCAACAAAACAAUAGAAAAUUAACACCACAAACAUCCUAAAGAGAGUGAUCGCAACAGAACGGAACGUAGAAACAUUUUUCAAUUAUUGAACAAACAUCGAAAACGAAAGUGGUAGAGAAGAUUGAUAAACAAAGAAACAGUAAAAAUUUACUCAAGUUCACAUACGCCCCACUUCAAUAGUGGUUCCCGUUUCACCAAUAGUUUCAAGUAGAAGUCAUUCGAGUUGUGCGUGCAAAACAUUAGUAUUUAAUUCGCACUUACAGAUCCAUGCCAAAUCAGUAGCAAAAACAGGAAACAGACUUUCGGUACCUUGCGGAAUGAAUUACCCUUUUAGAGCGGGCAGACCUUUGAGAUGUAACAAUCAAUGAUUGAUCAAGAGAGAGCAAAGAGAACUCACCCACACGGAUAGCGAAACUAUUACUAUUUACUGAUACUCAGAGGCAACAAGAUAGCGGGCAGAAAUGUGGGAAGGAAAGAUGGAUUUUUUUUAGAAAACACUCAUCCACGUGACUCUCCUUCCCGACAGUAGAUGUAUUUUAUAAUACGUUAGUACAUAGGGUACGCUCACACAUCACCUUAGCACACCGGCGCCAACAGCACCGCUUGCCAACCGUCUAAGUCAAGCUUUGUACGCUCGGAAGGCUCUCUGUGUCCCUGUCGAGCUGCUUAUCUGUAAAUGGUCCAAAUCAAGUGAUAAGAAGAGCACAGUGAUGGCCAAUACGGUGGUGUGGUGUAUAGUGAAUACUUUCCUAUACUCUAAGUUUAGUGUUUUCGCAAACCAUAAUGGUUUGCCGCCUUGCUUGCCAAGGAUUUGUAAAAAAUCCCUGCAUCGGCAGCUUAUGUUCUCGUUCACUAAGUUGUUCUCGUUGUGCAGCUCCAGGCUUUUAAGUUUAUUGUUGAAGAUGCACCUAAACAUACUGACGCGUAGCGAACACUCACACAAAGAAAAUACUAAGAGAGAAAUUUGUUAGAAUUGUUAAUGCGUACGAACUGGUGGUAAUCGAGACGAUCUCGAUUGUAUGUGUGGGUGGUUCGAGCAUACAAGAAAAUCAUAGUUUCAUAUCUUCGCCCCUCUUGCGCCUCGUCUGUAGUCUAACAGGAUAGUAAUGUGCAGGUUGUACUUAUUUCUUUUUUACGUUUCAUACUUUACCAUAUAGUGUUAGCGUUCUUAGUUUUACUGAUUUUUUCAAAUGUCGGGAAAGUGUAAGCGAACUCAAUAAGAAGCCCCACAAGGGUGCGGAUGCUGCUAGAGGUAUGAGUUAGCGGAACUUGACCGAUUUAUUAUGUUUAGUCUUCGCUUUUCUUUUCGUUCUAUUUUACACUUCAUAUAUUUGACUGCCAUCUGUCGAUUGCGUUUUGUCGAACGAAUCAAAACCGAAACAGCGAGGAUCGAAGAGAACUCCGAUACGAACCCAAACCAAUACGUAUAUGAUACAACCAAAAACAACUCAAAAACAAAGCAAAACCGGCCAACAGGUGGCAAACGGCAGUGUAUAGAUUGAGAAGCCAAUGUUAUAACAUUCAUCACACAAACAAACACACGUACAGGUACAUGGUUUGGCUAGGAUAUCAGACUCCAAUAUACUGAUUGCGCCCAAAUAAA